AUGCAUACACUCAGCAGUCAUAGUAAGUUAGUAAGGAUGUCGUUCGAGAGAGAGCUAUUAGUGGCAACGCAGGCCGUCCGCAAAGCUUCGCUGUUGACAAAGAGAAUUCAGGCACAGGUCAUUGCUCAUAGAGCUUCUACAACCAUCACUAAAAGCGACAAUUCGCCAGUAACUGUUGGUGAUUACGCUGCUCAAACAAUUAUCAUCAAUGCUAUCAAGGCAAAUUUCCCAGAUGAUGAAAUUGUCGGUGAAGAAUCUUCCAAAGGUCUUGAAGAUUCAUUUGUCAGUGAUAUUCUACGCGAAUUGAACGAGAAUGACAAGGUUUUCAAUGCCGAAUACGACGUCGAAGAUCAGAAAUUACUUUCCAAUUCUGCAUUUCCAUUGAAGACAAUUCAGGACGUGAAAACUGUUAUCGAUUUUGGAAACUCUAAAGGUGGCAACAAGGGCAGAAUUUGGUGCUUGGAUCCUAUUGAUGGUACCAAGGGUUUCUUAAGAGGUGAGCAAUUUGCUGUUUGCCUGGCACUGAUAAUAGAUGGUAACCCUAGAAUUGGAAUCAUUGGCUGCCCUAAUCUGAGUCUUGAAGAUUAUGGCGGCAAAGAUCUGGAGGGCCAUGAACCAUUUGGAUACAUAUUUCGUGCCGUAGAAGGCAUGGGAUCUUUCUAUGCUUCAGCAGCUAAAGUUUCCUCUAAGGACUCUACCUUGUGGGCUAAAACACACGUGAGGAAAUUGACUAGUACAAACGAUAUGGUUUCCUUGGAGGGUGUAGAGAAAGGUCACUCUUCUCAUGACGAACAAUCGCAGAUCAAAAGCUCAUUAGGUAUUUCAAGUUCAUUGCAUUUAGAUUCCCAAGUUAAAUACUGUCUUUUGGCUUUAGGUUUAGGAGACGUGUAUCUCCGUUUACCGAUCAAACUCGACUACCAAGAAAAGAUCUGGGACCAUGCCGCUGGAAAUGUCAUUGUAAUCGAAGCCGGGGGAAUUCAUACAAGCGCUAUGAAGAACGAACCUUUAGAUUUUGGCCAAGGGAGAACUCUACUUACAAAGGGAGUUAUAGCCUCUUGCGGCCCUGAAGAACUUCAUGAUCUGGUCGUUAGAACUUCUGAGAGGUCGAUUUCCAGUAGAUGA